AUGCUUACAUGCAAUUAGCUAGUAUAUUUGAUAACCAAAAUUUGGGGUGUAAAUUUUUUGACAAUGAUCAACAAACGUUUAUCUUACUGUUUGAUGCACAAGCUGAGAAAAGAAGUAAUCAUAAGAAAAAGUCUAGAUUUCCAGAACUAACAGUUGAAUGGAAAACAAAACACAAGAAAGAUGCAAAAAAUAACCAAACCUUUGCUGGAUACAUUAUAUGGGUUUGA